GAUUUUAACUGAACCCAUCCACAUCUACCACAAACACCACCACCACAACCAUACCAACCACAACAAACCCAAAACAACCACCAAAAUGGCCCCUCCGCCCGCGAGAGCCGCUAGCCCCCUCUCCCCCUUACCAAACUACACCCGCCACAUAACAACCCACGACCCGGCCACGACCCUAGCAACCAUCCACUCCUCCGACCCCGGGGCCUGGCAAACCAUCGAAAACAGCACCUUCGACUUCAGCACCGUGUACACGACCUCACAGUUCCCCGCCGAGCUGACCAACGACGCAGACCUAGCCGCCCACGAGACCCUAAUCGCCAGCAACACGCUGGGGCUAGUCAACCCGGGGGGCACGGUGUGCCGGGUGGUGGACUUCGCGCCGGGCAAGGCGCCGCUGAUGCACCGGACGCGCAGCCUGGACUACGGGAUCGUGCUGGAGGGGGAGCUCGAGAUGGUGCUGGACUCGGGCGAGACGCGGCGGUUGAAGCGGGGCGAUAUCGCGGUGCAGCGGGGCACGAUGCAUGCUUGGCGGAAUCCAGAUCCUGAGAAGUGGGCGCGGAUGGUGUUUGUGUUGCAGGAUUGUAGGCCUAUUGGUGUUGGGGGGAGGGCGCUGGGGGAGGAUUUGGGGGGCGCGAGGGAGAUUCUGCCUUCUGAUGGUGGGGUUAAAUGA